AUCUUAUUCAGUGCGUAUUGACUGUGGCGUAUAUUUUCUAUCGAUUACUCUGGCCAUGAUGAGUUUACUAAUCGCCAUAUUGCAGAAGGGGAGAUUGUCAUGAAUUAAGCUUUACUAUUGAUUUGCUCCCCUUAGAUCUUAUAAAUCGGAUCACCAUGUCGGCGGGACCUUAUAACUAUUCUUACAUCUUUAAAUAUAUCAUCAUUGGUGAUAUGGGAGUUGGGAAAUCAUGCCUCCUCCACCAGUUUACAGAGAAGAAAUUUAUGGCAGAUUGUCCACACACAAUAGGUGUCGAGUUUGGUACCCGAAUUAUUGAGGUUGCAGGCCAGAAGAUUAAGUUACAGAUUUGGGAUACUGCUGGGCAGGAGCGGUUUAGAGCUGUCACCAGGUCUUACUAUCGAGGUGCCGCUGGAGCCUUGAUGGUGUAUGACAUCACUAGGCGGUCCACCUAUAAUCAUCUUAGUUCAUGGCUGACAGAUGCUCGCAACCUCACCAACCCGAACACUGUCAUAUUCCUCAUCGGUAAUAAAGCUGAUUUAGAUGCGCAGAGAGAUGUAACCUAUGAAGAAGCAAAGCAGUUUGCUGAAGAAAAUGGACUAAUGUUUGUGGAAGCGAGUGCAAAAACUGGAGAGAAUGUGGAGGAAGCCUUUUUGGAGACUGCAAAGAAGAUUUACCAAAAUAUACAGGAUGGCAGUUUGGACUUGAAUGCAGCAGAAUCAGGUGUUCAGCAUAAGCCAACACAGCCAGGUAGAACUAACCUGAACAGUGAUUCACAGCCCAAUCGUGAUAACUGUUCCUGCUAAACUUCGCCCUCCAUAAAAAAAUCAUGGUGCGGUUUGCUUGAAGGAGGUGACAGACAGAUUAGAAAACUGUAUGUCCUGCCUCUUUGUUUUGUAAGAUGUAAAUGGGAAUUUUGUCUUUUCUACAAGAAGUAAGGAAGGCUUCUACUCUGUUUUCAUAAUGAUGUGAGGCAGUGGGAGGUACUUCAUAUGAAAGAUUCAACAGCAUAGAAUACCUAACCCAAAUUUAUGAUUGGCUCAAAAUCGCAGCGUAAAAGUUCACUUUCAAUUUUACUCUAAAGGCAGAUAAAGUCAGUGAGUGUCAAGAGCUCAAGUAAUUCUUAAGACAGCUAGAUUACUUCUUGCACAUUUCAGUAGAGCAAAGUUGCUUGUGCUCUUGAUGGAAAGAACUACAUUGUGAUAAUAGAAUCUGCCAGUGAUUACUCAGAAAAAUAAUUGAUAAUCCUAAACCCUCCCUCAUAAUAGAAUAUGAAUGUUUUGAAGAAUGGAAAUUUUGUGAUUGGAACUUGAAUGGAGCUUUUGUCAUUGGAAUUGCUCCCAAUUUGUGAUUUGGUUAUCUUCAUAGGAAGAUUGACAGGUGUUUUUAUCAGGAUACCAGAUUGUGGAAAAUGUGAUGUAGUAAUAUCUCAUUAAUUUUUAAGUACUGUCCGUGUAUUCCAGUGAUAGAAAUUUAUUGCUAGACAGAUAAUGAUAUAUCAGAAAAAAAGACAGGUUUUAUAUACCAAAUAAAGAUACACUUCAGUCACCUUCAUAUCUUUCAGGCCUUCUGUGGAGAAAUUAUUAGUUUGUGCUGUAUGUAGUACUUGGAUAAGAUCAUCUAUCAUAUCUUUAAGUGGAAAAAGUUUAAUAAAUAUUUUAAGUACUAUAUAUACCACAGUGUCACAGAUUACACUAGUUUGCAAUGUAUCCUAAGUUGCUCACAGACAAGGCUGCUGAUAAACGGAAUAACUUUGUGUACAAGGGUUUACAUUAGUGCUGCUUGCAAGAUCAUGGAAAGAAAACUUUACAUUUGCAUUUUUAUGAUAAAAAAUCUUGGUUAUUAUUAGUCAAUUAUUAGCUUUUUACUAGUAUUCUUUAUUAUAGUUAUUGUAAUUUAUCAUGCUAAUAAGCAGUCCAGGUUACAGUUUAUUUUUUAUGUUUCAUAAGUUUAUUGUUAGUCUAAAAACAGAAGUAGGGUAUAACAAUAUACAUCAUCCAUAUCAUAGGUUCUAUAAUUAAUGGUGAUUAAAAAAAAAAACUUUUGGACUAUUCAGGACUGAUGUAGUUUCUUUAUUAAGACCUGAUGUGUGAGUUCACAUUGCGAGUUUGCAAUGACAGGCAACCUCAUCGUUGUAAGAAAAUCCAUUUUAUAUGUACAUUUACCAGUCCCUUUGUGGACAUUGCUAACAUUCAACUAACAGCUUGCAGUAUCUAGAACACUUGAAGUGUGGUUUGUUGAAAGACACUUAGGUUAUGCAUGUUAAUCAAGCUGCUGACAUUGUGGAGAUAAUCUUGCCAAUUGUAACAGACAAGUAUGUCUGUUGUUUCCAGUAUGAUCAAGAUUACUCAGGAAGGUUUGUGGACAAAAAAAGCUUAAUUUGGGGAACAUACAUACAUUACUUUGUUCAUAUAAUUUUGCUUGUGUUUUUAUAUUUAACAUUGCUGCAAUUAUUUGUUUAUGUUCCCAUGUUUUGAGUUCAUUAUUUUUUACAACUAAAAUUACAUCUACUCUGUUGUUGUUAUUAUCAUUAUUAAUGUUAUUAUUAUUAUUAUUAUUAUUAUUAUUAUCAUUAUUAUUAUUAUUAUUAUUAUUAUUAUUAUUAUUAUUAUUACUACUAUUAUUAUUUGUUAUCAUUGAUUAUUAUUAAUCAUUAUUAUUAUUAUACUAGUAAUUAUCAUCAUAAAUAUUAUUAUCAUUACCUAUGAUUAUGAUUAGUAUUUUGUGUAGUUUUCUCUUACAGAAUUUUAUCCAAUUUUCAAUUUUUCUACAGGUUUGGAUAAUUAGCUUUAUCCACUUCUACAAUAGAUUUGCAUUUUAUAGGUUUAUUACUUCAUAAUGUAAAGCUAUAUUGACAGUCUAUCAAUUAUACAGUUUCUUGAGAGCUAGUACUAACUUAUUAAAAAAUUUUCCUUUCUUUCUUUUUCUCUUUUUAUCACAACAUGCUGUGAGUAAUGCAUGUGUAAACCAGACUUUAUAAUAUUUAUUCAAUAUUAUGACACCAAGUCCAUUGUGGGACUAGUGAUAUAGGAACUUACUCGCAGAAGGUAAAGGAUCCCCCUUGAAAUUAGACGUUUGCAGUGAUGAAGUGCGGACUAAAUUAAGUUUUUAUAUAUGUGCCCUAAUAUAUUCAGUGGAAGCAAGAUUUUUAAAAAAAGAAUUACAGAGGAAAAUAGAAUAAAACAUUUUCUUUCUGUCUUUUUCUAAAUAGUUUAUAAGUAUUUUUAUUAUUAUUAUUAUUAUUUUUUUUUUUUUUUUUUUUUUUUUUUUUUUUUUUUUUUUUUUUUUUUCAAUAAUCAUUGUUAUAUGACUAUUUUGAUAUGUGAUUUUAGUGGGAAUUAAAUCUUGUAAUAUCUCAGGCAGGUGUAGAAGUUGAAUCUGUGGCAGAAAAUAUAAGGGAUUUGAAAUGGAUGUAUUGUAUUUUUAGAGAAUUAAUUUAUCAUGGAAUAAACAACUAGGGUUCAGCCAGGUUGUAUUCAGUGGUGCGACCCUCAUCUGCAACAUUUAGAUAAUGCAGUUUAAAGAGAAGUCUUUCUAGGCCAUAAUGGAUUUAUUUGAUAAAUAUAGCUUGAAAAUGUUGAUUUCACUCUUAUUUGGAUGCAUGUAAAAAAUAAAAACUUGAAAAAUUAUGUAAACACUAAUAUACUUGCAGAUGAUGAAAUUUAAAUGUAAUUGGUCCUAAUACAUUAACAGGCACCUCAGCCAAGUAGCUGGUGUGUCAUGGGAGUGGAUUGUUUUUAGCAUCUGUAGGCAUAUUGUAGUUAUAUGAAAGAUUUGGGGUUUGUGUAAACCAUAGAAUCACCUUAGAAUCCGAACUACUCAAAUCAUGUGACUGACUGCAGAUAUGGUGUAGUUUCUUCAGCAUAGAUAUUUGAUUACUUAGAAAGGAGACCAUUAAUGCCAUUCUAUCUGACAGACAGUAAUAUUUGGGAGUGUAAAAUUGAGUGUUGGAUUUCAGUCAUAAUAAGGGUGAUUAGAAGAGCAAGACUAAUGCAUUGAAAUCAAUAAUAUAUUGUGAUAAUCCCCAUUUAUUUAUACUACUCAAUUUUAUUUUAUGGAAUAUUUAUUGUUGAUUCAGUCGUAACUUCUGUUUGUUUCAUUCCAAGAGGCUGCGUAUAGCCAAAUUCAAGUCAGUAAGUAGGCAUGCUUUGCAGCGGGGCAAGGGUUCACGAAUUAACCCAAUAUCAGGUUGGAUAAUAUUGACCAUACAUAAUGGAAUGAUGCUGAAAUAUUUAAAACCAGGAUACCACAAGUAUAAAAUGGAAUUUUCCUCUUACCCUCAGUGGUAUACUGCAUGAGUAAGGAUAUAUUUCUUCACCAAAAAUCUUUCACUUUCCAUUAUAUGAAGCAGCAAACAAAAAUAGAAACAAGGAUGAAAAUAUUGUGAUUGUGUUACUUUACCUCUUCAUAUGGGUAGAAUGGGCAGAAUUCUAAUAAAGAUACUUACUGCUGAUUAGACCAUGGAGUAAAUGUGUUUUAAUGAGAACUUAACAAGAAAUCUAAAGCAUCCCCAAAAUAAUACAUAAAUGCUUUGUAUUUACUUUCUGUGAUAUGUUAUCAUUCAGUGUAUUUGAUCAAUAAAGGCUGUAGUGUAUUUGUGGAAAGUAUUGGAAAGAGAGAGAAUGAAUGGGCAUAAGUGAGUUUGAGUUCACGUUUGUUAGAGCGUUUGCUUAGGCGCGCUUGUGGGUGUAUUGGUUGUGCUUGUAUGUUGUAAGUUAUGAUCCUCAUUGAUUGCUAUACAUGGUUAAUUGGGCCAAAGGAUCAAACUCUCUGACCCCUUUUUCCAAAUAUCCACCACAUUCACCCGAGUUUAUUUAAAAAAUUGAAAUUAAUAGAAACUGCUAUGCUCUGACCAACUUGAAGAAGCAUUAAUUCUAGAGGAAAUCAGUGUGAUCUGGAAACAUUGAAAAUAAGUCACCUGCCCCACUGCACACUGCUUAUUCUGACCUACCUAAGGAAGAUGCCCCAGUACUAUAUACAGUGCUGCCAUGUAAGAAUAUUAUUCACUAUGUAUUUACUUGUAUAUAUUCAUAAAAGGUGUGUGUAAUCACCAGUAGGGUAUUUUAACACUGCGAGAGCUGAUCAUUAUGUAGUUUUCCUUUGUAACAAACAUCAGCCAGUUUGAGUUCAUCACUAAACUUUUAGUCAUUGUUUGAGAUAAAGGUGAAAACUAACAAAAAAUAAGGCAAUUCAUGGUUGAAAAAUUAGUGUAAAAAUCUAUAUAUAUAUGUAUAUUAUCUGAGGCACACCAAGCUCAAAAAAUGACUAAGAAUUCAUUUAUUAGUUGCAUCUAAAUGAAACGGGAAAGAUAAAACAUUCUUAACAUUUUUAGCCCAAAAAUAGAAAUAAGAUCAGACUACACAUUUGGCUCCCUCUCCCCACAUCCCUGCUUGCAGUGCAAGAAUCAAUCUUGUAUCCUAUUAUCAUAUCCAAGUGACGCGUGAGGUUCAUGCUACACCAGCUGAAAGGUUCCCAGUUUUGAAACCAUGUGAAAUCUGCCCCAGCCUACGAACACGAGUCAUCUGGAUGGAAAGGGUUGAGAUUGCUUUGUGGUCAUGUAGGGGUUUUAGUAAGCAUACCACUCAGCCUGGAAGUGUAUUUGAAAAUGUUAUAAGCUUGUGUUGCUGUCUAUAUUGUAAGAUUUGUGUACAAAUACUAGAAUGUUAGAAAUAAAUUUGUACAAGUGUA